CCUUCAGACAACUCGGGACUUGGUAUGCUCCUAGCUCUUCUGCCAACACUGUAUGUGGUCUCGACAUUUGUCUUGGCUUAUAAAAAGGGCACCAUCUAUGACAGUCACUAUCUUCUCAGUGGUCUCUCGACCUUGCACUCCAACAUUAUCUUCAUUUCAUCCACUAAUUCAUCAUGUGCCGUCGUCGCCAUGUUAGAAAUGUCUACCUCAGCUGCGGACAUACUAUCAACCUUCCUGAAGAAAUUAUCCGGUGUGAGGAGAAAAACUGCAAAUUCAGUCUCUUCCAUCCUGCACGCUGCAAGCCGCCGGCUUGCUUGCAGACCUGUUGGCAAUACCUUCGCUAUCCCGAGCAGUAUUCACCCAACAUCAAUGGGUAUUGUCCUUCUUGCAACCAGGUGACACGAAACCGAGG